GACCAUUUUUCCCCUUCUCUCCGCCGUUCUUGCACACGCCGCUCAAAACCAUCGUCCCCGCCGCGGCGCUUCCGGCGGCGGCCAUGGGCAUCCGGGUGUAUAGCCGCACGCACCAGAUGGCGGUCGAGUUCGUGCACAGCAAGGACGAAGUGGAACGGCUCUUCGUCCGCACCUGCUCCCUUGCACUCUGCACCCUCCCCGCCCCACCCGUCUCCGCCGACGCUCGCCUCUUCGCCCUCCUCCCCCACGACGCCGUCGACCGCCUCAGCCGCCUCCCGGACGUGCUCCUCGGCAACAUCGUCUCCCGCCUCCCCGUCAAGGACGCCGCGCGAACCGCCGCGCUCUCCCGUCGCUGGCGCGGGGUCUGGCGCUCCACCCCGCUCGUCCUCGUCGACGCCGACCUCCCCGUCGCCUCCGCCGUGUCCCGCGUCCUCGCCGAGCAUCCGGGGCCCUUCCACUACAUCCACUUCACCAGCAACUACACGGAGGACGAGUCCCAUGGCCUGCUCACGAGCUGGCUCCAGAUCCUCGUCAGCAAGGGCAUCCAAGAACUCGUGCUCGUUAACGGCCACCGGUCGCCGCUCGACCUCGAUCUCCCCACCACCUUCUUAGGCAUGUCAACCCUCACCCGCCUCUACCUCGGCCGCUGGAAGUUUCCCUGCACGGCAGGCCGCCCGCGCGCCACCUGUUUCCCUAACCUCUGUGAGCUCGAGCUCUACAAAGUCCUCGUGGAGAGCAGGGAUUUGGACUUCAUCCUCGACAGGAGCCCCGUUCUGGAGACGCUCCGCCUCCAAGGCAAUCUGUUAAAGCUUCGCCUCCGCCUUGUCAGCCAAAGCCUCCGGUCCGUGCAGCUCAUGUUGUCAUCCUUUGAAGAAAUCUUUGUGGUGAACGCCCCACGACUUGAGAAGCUCUACCACUCUGAACCCUGGACACCUGAUGGCCACUGCACCAAGAUCAAGAUUGGCCAUGCUCCCAAGCUUUACUUAUUGGGAUUUUUGGAUCCAAGAAAUCAUGUCCUAGAGUUCGGCAACACCAUCAUCAAGCCUACGACAAGGGUGAGCCCAAGCACCAUGGUACCAAGUGUGGCACGCCUGGCUAUGCAGGUCCGUUUUGGAGUCCGCAAUGAUGUCAAGAUGAUUCCUAGUGUCCUCAGAUGCUUUCCGAAUGUUGAGAACCUCGACAUCAUGUCUGCAGAAACUGAUCAAUCUGCUGGCAAGCUCAACCUGAAAUUCUGGCACGAGUCUGGUAUCAUAGAAUGCAUCCAGUUGCGCAUCAAGCGGCUCAAUUUCUAUGCUUUCCGAGGGGGUCGAAGUGAGCUCGCAUUCCUCAAAUUUUUCUUUGAGAGCGCACUGGUGCUGGAGGAGGUGGUAAUUGUGUUGGCCGCUGAUUUCACUUCCAUGGAAGAGGUGGAUUCCAAAGUGGAGCGUCUCUGGUCCAUGAAACGGGCCAGUGAAGCCUCCAUAGUUCUGGUCACUGGCUCUUCUGAUCCUCAAGGAAGAUACAUUCGGAGUUUCAAAGGACGUUCUGGUUUUUAUGUUUCCAACCCUUUUGGUAACUAAUGAAGUCACAGCAGGUGCCUAUGCAUUUGAUCAUGCAAACCCGACCUUCGGUCUUCACCGCAUCAUGUGCUUCAUCGCCAAGACGGCAUGCCAAGGUGAAUCUUCUCCUUUACGCGUGCCUCAAAUCGCCCAUUUGGGACGAUAUAUUACUUCAUACUCCGUCAUGUCUUGAUGAUAGGAACUCGACGAUAAGUACGGAGGGAAGAGAGGAUGCCAUGGAGACCCAAGGACGCAAGGCCGAUGUCACGCAAGUAUGGAAGAGAAGGCGGAAGAAGUGCUGGACGCUCCAGGCUGGAACUUCCGCCCGUUACAGCCAGAACUUCCGGCCAGAUACCAUCCAAGAAUGAAGCUGCUCACGCUGAAGGAAUCCAGCCGAAACUUCUGCCCCCAGGAGCCGGAACUUCCGCCCAGAUACUCAUGCUGAAGGAAUCCAGCCGGAACUUCCGUCCCGAGCGACUGGAACUUCCGCCCAAGUUCCGCUCUAGUUUCAAAAUUGCGCCAAAACAACACUGGAUAGUGCUGAAGGGAAAACGACCGUUUUCGGAACUAGACCGGAAAUUGGCCGGAAGUAAAUUGGCCCCGACCGGAACUUCCGCCCCCAGGACCGGAACUUCCGGCCAGAUGCCCUGUGAAGAGAAUCCAGACGGAACUUCCGCCCGUGACGACCGGAACUUCCGCCUACUCGACUGCCAGCUCAAACAGCACUUUUUGUAACUUACCUCUUCGCCCCACCAACUAUAAAUAUCCCUGUUGGCUCAGAUCUGAGAUUAGACUUGAUGUGAAAUUAAACCUGAGGUUUGCUCUUGCCCCAUGAGGGAAACCCUACCAUAGAUUUUAGAUCUUGUAUCACUCGAUCUCCUUAUCAAACCUUGGUGAUCUCUUUGGUGACUUC